AUGUCAGGCCUCAAGUACUACACUUAUGAAGGGUGGGGAAAAGCCGCCGCCGAAUCCUUCUACUACAGCCAGGCCGUCCGCGUAGGCAACCGAAUUGAAUGCGCUGGCCAAGGUGGAUGGGAUCCCGAAACCAAGGUUUUCUACAAGGAGAUCAACGCCCAGAUCGAUCAAGCAUUCAAGAACGUCGACCUGAACCUACGAGAUGCCGGCGGAAAAGGCUGGUCUCAGGUCUUCCGCGUCAACUCUUACCAUGUGCCGCUCAACAAUGAGGCUUUGGAGGCAAUGGUUCGCAACUUUAAGAAGUGGAUGCCAAAUCACCGUCCCAUCUGGACUUGCGUCGGUGUUACUCGGCUUGGCGAGGACGACAUGAGGGUAGAGAUCGAGGUGGUAGCUCUGGACGAGCCGGGAGUUGGCGACAAGGAAUAA